UUGUAACGUAAGCUUCUCCUCCCACCCACCCCUCUCCAUCUCCAUCUCCAUCUCCUUCUCCAUCUGCGGGGAAUAAUCUUCUCAGACAUCACACCGCGGUAGGGCCGGACAAGUAUGACGGGGCAGGCGCCAAGUCUCGUGUUCCGGUUCACCGACACGGAGGUCACCAAGAUGGAGGAGGUCCUCCGUGACCUCAACGCCAUGCCCAAGCAUCCUGUCAUCCAGGGCCUCACCGACGACUUCAACGCCUCCCCGGACCGCUCCGGCGACGGCAAGGUCCCCGUCCAGUACAAUCAGGUGAGGAAUUGGUUCCAGAACCGGAGGUCCGCGCAGUCUAGGAAGAUGAUGGUGCCCCCAGUGGCCGAGGAACACCACCCAGUGGCCGGAUCUUACUCAGGGAAUAGUUCUUCGGAUGGUGGCCAUGUCCAGUUUGAGGCAAAGUCAGCAAGAAAUGGCGCAUGGUACGAUGUUGCUGCCUUUCUGUCCCACAGGUUGACUGGAACAAAGGACCCGGAAGUACUAGUUCGAUUUACUUGGCUUGGACCCGAGGAGGAUGAAUGGGUUGAUGUUUGUAAAUGUGUGAGACUGCGUUCUCUUCAAUGUGUUGCUGUGCUGCCUGGGGAUCUCAUUAUGUGUUUUAAGGAAGGUAAAGAGCAGGCCCGCUAUUUUGAUGCACAUGUUCUUCAAGUUCAAAGGCGCAGGCAUGACGUAAGGGGGUGCCGCUGCAGGUUUCUUGUUUGUUAUGAUCAUGAUCACUCUAAGGAGUUUGUUCCACUGAGCAAGGUAUGCCGUCGAUCAGUGCACCAGAAAGCCCAAGAGCCGCCCGAGAUGAUGGAUGUCAACACUGACAAGGUGACCGGGGGCGGGGUUCCCAUUCCACCAGAUCAAGGAGGUCCAUCUGACAAGCCGGUUGCUCCCUUACUUGACGCGCCUACUAGCACUGGCAGCAAUUCAGUGGCAGAUGUUGAGGCGGGGGGUGCAGAUGAAGCACAUGGCGACAAGAUUGAUGUGGGAGCGUAGCUCUUUCACUUCCUUGUGAACUUUAGUCAAAACGAUGUUCGCCUAAGAACUUCCAAUCGAGGAAGGAUGUUUGGUUGCCCAGUAACUGUAAUGUGCCCAAGUUGACUGGAUUGAUUGUGUCGGAUUGGGUAUCUAUAUCUAUAUAGGUAUGUCGUCAGAGAAGACAUCCCAACAUUGCUAGAUGA